AAGCACUCCUGACAUCCCACUGAUGAUGACGAGCAUGGGGAGGACCUUUGCCCCAAUCACCACGGUAGGAUCAGUUGGCAUGAUCCCAAUCAUGUCCACCCCUACUCCUGCGCCAACGAAAACAAUGUUCCCAUGCUCAAUAACAACGCCUGGGGGGGCAUUCACGCCAUAUCCGACAAGCUUGGCUCAAUUUGCUGCUGACCCGGCAAAUGCUCAAGCUCUGCAGGGCUAUCAACAGGUGAUGGCCAUGAUGCAACAAGCAGGGGGCUUCAUGCCAUUUGCCUAUCCGGGCAUGAUGCCACCAAUCAUGAGUUCAAUGGUACCUCCGGUGUCGACCCCGUCGACAUUCGUCCCUAGGAUGGUCCCUAUACGUCCGGUGAAUUUGACGGGGACCAUGAACGAAGCAGCACCAUCGAAUAUCCAUGAAGUUGACGAGGCGGAGCAAGAGGCAGCCCGUAGAAGGAAGGGUAAGGCUAUAGCCAAACCCAGCAAGACCCAAGAUUCGGAGUUCAUACGCCUAGGGGACAAAGAGGAUGGACCUCGCAAGUCUUCCAAGCUACGUCUUGGUCCUGAGACGGGCAGGACUAGCGGAAUGGAAAGCCUUGGCGGGAAUCGUCCCGCCCAAUCUCGUCGUUCUAGGGAAUCUGAGACGAUUCACCUAGACGAGAAGGAAGCUGAAAGCUAGCCUAAGGCAUCGACAUAUACCAGGCUCUCAUAUAAUGAGGAUGACCUGGACAAGAUAGGGAGCGUAGCAAGAAAGCUACGUGCCCUGG